CUCCUCCUGCCUGGUUAUUGGUUAAUCUAAGCUGAGGGGGCGGAGGUCUGAAGGAGCUCUUGAUGGGUUGGUGUGAGAAGAAGGAAAAAGAGGAGCUGAGCUGAUUUAGACGGGUUGUAAAAGGGGCUGCCUGACGCAACUGAGUGGCCGGCGAAACAGGCGAGGUUUGCUGUUUUCCUAUAGCCAGCGUGGGGGCGAGCUAUGAAAAAGGGAGGGCGAGGAUCAUGGACAGCAACAUCAAUAUCCAUGAGCUCCGGCACUGCUUGGCUGAAGCAGGACAAAGUCACCUUCUUCAAUUUUGGGAAGAAUUAAAUGAACUAGAAAAACAAGAACUAUAUAAAGAAUUAAACACCAUGGAUCUCAAGGAGUUGGAUCAGGCUUUCAAAAAAGCCAUGUUAGAUAGUGGCCAUUUACCAGGGGAGGAAAGCAUGGAUGCAAAGAUGGAACCUGUGCCACGUGAGGUUCUUGGGAGUACAACACGGGACCAAGCUCAGUUGCCAGUAUGGGAGGAAGAAGGUCUCCGACAGAUUUCUCAGAGCAAAGUUGCUGUUCUCCUGCUAGCUGGGGGACAAGGGACAAGGCUUGGUGUCUCGUAUCCCAAAGGAAUGUAUGAUGUCGGGUUACUCUCCCAUAAAACUCUGUUCCAGAUCCAGGCAGAGCGUAUUUUAAAACUGCAGCAGCUAGCUGAAAAGCAACAUGACCUUCAGUGUGUUAUUCCAUGGUAUAUAAUGACCAGUGGCAGGACAAUAGAAUUGACUAAGGAAUUUUUUUUAAAACACAAAUACUUUGGUUUGAAGAAGGAGAAUGUAAUCUUUUUCAAACAAGGGAUGCUACCUGCCAUGGACUUCGGUGGGAAAAUUUUCUUGGAAGAAAAGGGCAAAGUUUCUAUGGCCCCAGAUGGCAAUGGGGGUCUGUACCGAGCUUUAGGGGCUCAUCAUAUCAUAGAGGACAUGGAACAUCGAGGAAUUGGCAGCAUACAUGUCUAUUGUGUGGAUAAUAUUUUGGUAAAAGUUGCUGACCCUCGGUUCAUUGGUUUUUGUAUACAGAAAGGAGCAGACUGUGGAGCCAAGGUUGUCGAAAAAACUAACCCGACAGAACCAGUCGGAGUGGUGUGCCAAGUAGAUGGUGUUUACAAAGUGGUGGAAUACAGCGAGAUUUCUCUGGCCACAGCCCAGAAAAGAUGUUCUGAUGGCCGAUUACUUUUUAAUGCUGGCAACAUUGCCAAUCACUACUUCACAAUGGAGUUUUUAAAAAACGUUGUCAAUGAUUACGAACCUCAGCUGCAACAUCACAUAGCUCAGAAAAAAGUCCCAUAUGUAGAUAUGACCACAGGAAAAGCUCUGAAGCCUGACAAACCAAAUGGAAUUAAAAUGGAAAAAUUUGUAUUUGACAUCUUCCAGUUUGCUAAGAACUUUGUGGUUUAUGAAGUGCUGCGAGAAGAUGAAUUUUCCCCUUUGAAAAAUGCUGACAGCCAAAAUGGCAAGGACAACCCCACCACUGCGAGACACUCCUUGAUGUCACUGCAUCACUGUUGGGUUCUCAAUGCUGGUGGACACUUUGUGGAUGAAAAUGGAACACGCCUGCCAGCUAUUCCCUGCAACACAAAUGGAAGGUCAGAUGUGAUCCAAGCUGAUGCCAAUCACAAUUUGAAGGAUGCAAAUGACUUGCCCGUUCAGUGUGAGAUUUCUCCUCUUGUGUCCUAUGGGGGUGAAGGAUUGGUGGAGUUGGUCAAAAACAAAGAAUUCCAUGCUCCUUUGAUUAUUGACCAAAGUGGGAUCCAUGAGCUAGUGAAGAAUGGUGCCUGAAAUGUCCAGGAAUGAUCAUCUUUCUAGUCCGGGAUUUUAUGACUCUUUCAUGUCGGACUGAGUAUUUAAACAAAGGUUUCACUAGCAUCUUGAAGAAUUUUCACUCAAACUGAGUUUCCUUAAAAAUCAGUAGGAGGCUACAAAUAAGAACUGCAACAUGACUUCAUCUUGAAAUCCUGGAUACAACUAUUUAUAUAAUUCUUAAUGUUUUAAAUGGUUACUGUUUCAAAUUGCAGCACAUAUUUCGUCACAUGCUGCAGUUUGAAGACAUCAGAAUUUUCUUCCAAAUCCUUUAUUACACCUGUAAAUGGUCUAAGUGGUACGAAGGUUGGAAUGCUUAUAUGAAUUCUUAUUUUUCAGUUUGAUUUUUGCAUUUGGUACCUAUGCUUUACAAACAAUUAUAUCUUGCUGGAAUUGCACAAUUGAAACACUAAAAAAUUAGUACAACUGAAUUAAAAUGUUUUCCUAACAUAA